CGUGGAGCCGCACUUCGUCGCCGCGGGGGUGCCGGGACUCCGGCCGCAGUGCCGCCGCCAUCACGGACUUCCUGUGGGACAAGCGCACGGGCCUCGCCGCCAGAACGAUGCCUCAUCCUCGAAGGUACCGCUCGUCAGAGCGAGGCAGCCGCGGAAGUUACCAUGAACACUAUCGGAGUCGAAAGCAUAAGCGGCGAAGAAGUCGCUCCUGGUCAAGUAGCAGUGACCGGACGCGCCGGCGCCGGCGGGAGGACAGUUACCAUGUCCGUUCCCGGAGCAGCUAUGAUGACCGCUCAUCAGACCGGAGGGUGUAUGAUAGGCGAUACUGUGGCAGCUACAGGCGCAACGACUACAGCCGGGACAGGGGCGAGGCCUACUACGACACGGACUACCGACAUUCCUACGAGUACCACCGGGAGAACAGCAGUUACCGCAGCCAGCGCAGCAGCCGCAGGAAGCACAGGCGGCGGCGGGGGCACAGCCGGACGUUCAGUCGCUCGUCUUCGCAGCACAGCAGCCGGAGAGCCAAGAGUGUAGAGGACGACGCUGAGGGCCACCUCAUCUACCACGUCGGGGACUGGCUACAAGAGCGAUAUGAAAUUGUAAGCACCUUAGGAGAGGGGACCUUCGGCCGAGUUGUUCAGUGUGUCGACCAUCGCAGGGGCGGGGCACGGGUUGCCCUGAAGAUCAUUAAGAACGUGGAGAAGUACAAGGAAGCGGCGAGGCUGGAGAUCAACGUGCUGGAGAAGAUCAACGAGAAGGAUCCUGACAACAAGAACCUCUGUGUCCAGAUGUUUGACUGGUUUGACUACCAUGGCCACAUGUGUAUCUCCUUUGAGCUUCUGGGCCUUAGCACCUUCGAUUUCCUCAAAGACAACAACUACCUGCCCUACCCCAUCCACCAAGUGCGCCACAUGGCCUUCCAGCUGUGCCAGGCCGUCAAGUUCCUCCAUGAUAACAAACUGACACAUACGGACCUCAAGCCUGAAAAUAUUCUGUUUGUGAAUUCAGACUACGAGCUUACCUACAACCUAGAGAAGAAGCGAGAUGAGCGUAGCGUGAAGAGCACAGCCGUGCGGGUGGUGGACUUCGGCAGCGCCACCUUUGACCAUGAGCACCACAGCACCAUCGUUUCCACUCGCCACUACCGAGCCCCAGAGGUCAUCCUUGAGUUGGGCUGGUCUCAGCCUUGUGACGUUUGGAGCAUAGGCUGUAUCAUCUUUGAGUAUUAUGUCGGCUUCACCCUCUUCCAGACCCAUGACAACAGAGAGCAUCUAGCCAUGAUGGAAAGGAUUUUGGGUCCUAUCCCCUCCCGGAUGAUCCGAAAGACAAGAAAGCAGAAAUAUUUUUACCGGGGUCGCCUGGAUUGGGAUGAGAACACGUCAGCUGGGCGCUACGUUCGUGAGAACUGCAAACCACUGCGGGACCCCGCCGUGAUCCAGCACCGACCCAGCUCGCAGUAUGCCACGCUCGACGUCUACAACCCUUUUGAGACCCGGGAGCCACCACCGGCCCAUGAGCCUCCUGUCCCUGCCCCGUUGCCUCCACCCUCAGCUCCUUCCUUGCAGCCCUCGAGAAAGCUCAGCCCCACAGAACCCAAGAACUAUGGUUCCUACAGCACACAGGCCUCAGCUGCAGCAGCCACAGCUGAAUUGCUGAAGAAACAGGAGGAGCUCAACCGGAAAGCAGAGGAGUUGGACCGUAGGGAGCGAGAGCUCCAGCAUGCUGCCCUGGGGGGCACAGCUACUCGACGGAACAAUUGGCCCCCCCUGCCUUCUUUUAGCCCAGUUCAGCCCUGCUUUUUCCAGGACAUCUCCAUGGAGAUCCCCCAAGAAUUUCAGAAGACGGUAUCCACCAUGUACUACCUCUGGAUGUGCAGCACGCUAGCUCUGCUCUUGAACUUCCUCGCCUGCCUGGCCAGCUUCUGUGUGGCGAACAACAAUGGCUCAAGCUUCGGGCUUUCCAUCCUCUGGGUUCUCCUCUUCACUCCCUGCUCCUUCGUCUGCUGGUACCGCCCCAUGUAUAAGGCCUUCCGGAGCGACAGUUCUUUCAAUUUCUUUGUUUUCUUCUUCAUUUUCUUUGUCCAAGAUGUGCUUUAUGUCCUCCAGGCCAUCGGCAUCCCAAAUUGGGGGUUCAGUGGCUGGAUCUCCGCGCUCAUGGUGCUGCAGUUGAACACGGCGGUGGCUGUGCUCAUGCUGCUGGUCGCCCUGCUCUUCACUGGCAUCGCGGUGUUGGGGAUCGUGAUGCUAAAGCGGAUCCACUCCUUGUACCGCCGCACAGGUGCCAGCUUUCAG